GGUAGUUCCUACCGCCGACGUGAGCCGACUGGUAGCUGAAGGUGUUCUCGGGGCGUUCCCGCGGAAGGGAUCUCAUCGAAGCUGGGCGAAGACUUGGAAGAGUGUUUAAUUUUGAUCAGCCCUGUGCGAGCGCGGGAAUUAUUUCUCUCAUCAGUCGGGGGGAGGAGUCGGUGGGUGAAAUGGGUGACGCGCGUCUCACGGUGAAGUGGAGGGAGCUUCGAGGGUCUCCGCGGCCGUCGCUGGCGAUCCUCCUGCUGCUCCUCGACGGGGCCUUCCUCGCGAGGUGCACGCCCGAGCCGUCCUCCGGCAGCGACGUAGCGUCCUUCUACGGCGCGAGCUACAUCUCGGUGCCGCUGCAGGACGCCAAGAGCACCACAGACCUGCAGUUCCGGUUCCGCACCCGGCGUCCCGACGCCAUGUUGCUGCUGGUGGCCGGCAGCACGGACUUCUGCCUCGUGUGGCUCGAGGCGGGCCGUCUCAAGGUUCGCAUCAAUGUGGGCGCCGGCGAGACGGAGGUGGUGUCGCCCAAAGGUCUGCGGCUGGACGACCUGGUGUGGCACGAGGUGGUGGUCAGCCGCCAGGACGCUGCCUUCAUCCUGCAGAUCGACGUCAUACACGUGGUCAAGGAGAAGCUGCCAGGCAAGUUCUUCGAGCUGAACGUACACUUCGGCGUGUUCGCCGGCGGGCUGGGCGACUUCUCCGAGCUGUUCCUCGGCCACCUGGACAGCCUGCGUGGCUGCCUCGCCGAUGUGCGCUACAAUGGCGUGGCGGUGCUGGAGCGCGCGCGCCGCCGCCUGGGGGGAGCCGACGCGCAGGGCGUCACCUGGAGCUGCGCCCCCGAGUUCGACGCCGGGGCCGACCGCGAGCUGGGGUUCGUCGAGGACGGCAGCUUCGCGGCUCUGCGCGGCCCCAGCACCCGCACAGGUGCGAGGUGGACCAUGGGGGUGAAGACCUCGACGCAGGUGGGCAUGCUGCUGUACAACACGGGGCCCGGCUCGCGGUCCGACUUCGUGGGGCUGGAGCUGGCGGGCGGGCGGCCGCGGCUGCUGCUGGAGAAGGGCGACGGCGUGACGGAGCUGCUGGGCAGCCAGCUCGUGUCGGACGGCCGCUGGCACACCCUGUCCGUGCAGUUCAACCCCACGCUCAUAGAGGUGAGCGUGGACGGCUUGUCGAGCAGCUUGAAGCUGCCGCAGGGGGGGAACCGGUACCUGGACCUGUCGGACACGACGUACCUGGGCGGCCUGGAGCUCAACAAGAGGGCGCGGGCCUUGAGCCAAGGGCUGAGGGCGGCUGGCCACAGCCUGAAGGGCUGCCUGAGGAAGCUGGAGGUUGAUGGCCGUCGUGUUGGCAUCCCUGACGCCAAGGUGACCCAGGGCAUUGUUCCCAACUGCGUGUGGGAGUUCCCGUGCAUGGAGGACCCAUGCGUUCCUGGUGCCAAGUGUGCACAGCAAGGCGUGGACUCAUUCCGAUGUGAAUGCGAACAGCCGCUGUGUAUAAAGCCGGACUACACUAAUGCUUACAAGCUCGUGCCAAAGGUGUUCUCGAAGCCCACACUGGCCGUGGACCUGGAGAUACUGUCGCUGACGCCCCUGCGGGUGGCAGAGGGAGGAGACGCUGUCAUCACCAUGGGCAACAUCGACGUGGUGCUGGACUACCCCAAGUACGGGCUGCGCGACUCGGGCCUGCUCUUCGCCUUGGCAGCCGCCCCGCAGCAUGGCCAGCUGGCAGCUCCCGCCGGCCCCCACCCGACCUUCACCCUGCUGGACCUCGCCAAGGACAAGGUGCGCUACGUCCAUGAUGGCUCGGAGAACCACGAGGACUCUGUGGUGCUGGAGUUGGAGCUGGUACCGGGGCAGGGCUUCGUGCUGCCGGGCUACCUGCAGGGACGGCAGCGCUUCGCCCUCCACGUCAACGUGACGCCCGUCAACGACCCCCCCACGCUUGACCUACCCCCGGGGGCCACGCUGCGGCUUGCGCAGGGCACGAGGAAGGUGCUGCCCAAGGAGCUGCUCCGAGCAGAGGACCCAGACAGCCCGGUGCCCGCCCUCGUCUACACGGUGCUGAGCCAGGGCACAGCCGAGCCGGGUCACGUAGAGCGCCUGCACAGCCCCGGCCAGGCCGCGCGCUCCUUCACCCAGCGUGACGUUGACGAGGGCCUGGUCGCCUACGCCCAUACGGCAGGCGCCGUCGACACCGGCCGUCUGGCUCUGCAGGUGUCGGACGGGAUUGAGACCAGCGCACCCGCCUUCCUGCGGAUAGUGGCGUUCCCAUUGCAGUUGCGGCUGGUGAACAAUACGGGGCUGGUGAUGACGUGGGGCGCGGGCGCGCGCAUCACCCCAACCCACCUGGGUUUCGAGUCGAACGCAGAUGACCCGGACCUAGACGUGCGCUACGACGUGGUGGAUGCCCCGCAGUUUGGGGCUGUGCAACGGCUGCGCGGCGACGCUCAGUGGCAGGGCGCGGACCACUUCACUGGCCGCAACCUGGCGCGCGACCAGGUGCGCUACCUGCACGUCUCUGGCGAGCCGGAGCGGGACCAGUUCAAGUUGCGAGUGUCAGUGCUGGAUGUGCACAGCCCCACCUUGUACAGCUUCCGCGUGACGUUCACGAAGCUGGGCCUGGUCGGACGCCACCUGCGCGAGCUGCAGCUGAACGGCACGCGCGAGGCCUGGCUCACGCCCCAGCACCUGUCCUUCCGGACGGAGCCGCUGGCCACGGACGGCGCCCGCAUCACGUACCGCGUGUCGCACGCGCCGCGCUACGGCACGCUGCAGGUGGGGCGCCGCCGCCUGCUGGCGGGAGACUCCUUCACCCAGCAGGACGUGGACGCAUCGCGGGCGCGCUACCGCCUGCACCGCAAGGCCUACUCCCACGUGCGCGACGACCUGGGCUUCACCGUGUCGGCGCCCGAGUGCGCGCCCCUCGCCGGGAGCCUCGUGCUGCUGCACGUGCCCUCCGGGGAGACGCGCGGUCAGGUCCGCGCCACGUUGGAGAGGCUGCAGGUGCCAGAAGGAGGUCGACAAUCUUUGUUGCCGAACUACCUUCAUCUCGAAACUCGCGGCAUCACAGAACUGGUCUACAACGUGACGCAUGGUCCUCACCACGGCCGUCUUGAUGUCAUGGAUGUUGGAUUGCUUACGGAGCUUCGUAAGAACACACAAUAUUUUUCGUCUCGAGAGCUGAUGACCGAACGAGUUUUUUAUGUACAUGAUGACUCAGAGUCAAGGCGAGAUUCCUUUCACUUUGUUGCACUAUCAAGUGAAGAAGAAGAUUUCCAGUAUGUUGGAGUUUUCCACGUUGACAUUCUGUUGAAAAAUGACAACAUGCCAAAAAGGGCCAUCGACAAAGUGUUCCACAUUGUCACUGGAGGGGAGAAGCUACUGACGGGUCGUGAUUUAUUGUACACCGAUGCAGACAUAGAUACACGACCGUCCGACAUCCUGUACACGAGAAGAGGCAUCCAGAAUGGUGGCAUUUACAAGGCUCUAGAUCCAUCGACACCUCUGUACGAGUUCUCCCAAGAUGACCUGAAUAAUCGACGAGUUCUUUUUCGUCACGAGAAUGAAGAAUACGGGAAAGUGGGCUUAUGGAUUACCGACGGUCAGUUUUAUGCCAAUGGCGAACUGGAGGUGCGUGCCUCCCCACCGUUCAUCUCGGUCUCCAAUAACACAGGCCUGCUGGUGAAGCAAGGUGGCGUCGUGCCCAUCACCGCCGCCAACUUGAGUGUCGACACCAACCUGAACCUGUGGGGGGAGAAGCUGGGAUACGAACUGCUGGAAGGCCCGGGCCAUGGACACUUGGAGAUAGAGCACGAGGACAGUCCGCUACAGCGCUUCACCCAGCUGGACCUGGAAGAGGGGCACCUGUCCUACCACCACGACGGAGACACCUCUGCGACGGACGUGUUUCGGUUCCGGGCGUCGGCGGGUCAGACCACCACUGAAGGGAGAGUUAGUGUGAAGGUCUACCCUGCCAUCUACUGGGAGGAACUAAUAGUCGCCAGCAACCGUUCAUUACACGUGGAGGAAUCAACAAGCAUUGUCAUCACGCCAGCAUCAGUUCAGGUGAAGCACCCGGGCAUCCCGCCGACAGACGUGGUGUACUCUGUGACGGAGCACCCGGCAUGUGGCUACCUGGAGCUGGACUCUGCGGGCGAGGAGCCGGCGGAAGGGAGCGUGGACGUGUUCGAGCAGGCGGCCGUGGACGAGGGCCGGCUGGUGUACGUGCAGGCGACUGCCAACUGCUCGCGCGACCGCGUCGUCGUGGACGUGACCAAUGGCGUGACGUGGCUGCGCGGCCUGUGGCUGGACCUGGUGGUGGUGCCGGAGCACCUGUACCUGGCCGGGGGGGAGGUGGGGGUCGCGGAGGGCGGCACGGCGACCCUGCCCGCGGCCGCGCUCGCCGUGCUCACCGCGUACUACCGCGACUGCGUGACUGAGUACCACGUGGCACGGGGCCCCGUGGCGGGCCGGCUGCACUCCACUCGCGAGCCCGCCGGCUCCCUCGACAAGUUCACCAAGAUGCAGCUGCAAGCCGGCCUCAUACAGUACACCCACGAUGGCAGUGAGACCAUGUCAGAUAGCAUGAUGAUCGUCGGAGUGGCUGAAGGAAAGAGAAGCGUCCCAGCCGCAGUGAAGGUCUCGGUCAGUCCUGUGAACGAUGAAAAGCCAAAAAUUGUGAAUAACACCGGACUGGAAAUAUGGAAGGGUGCUACUGUCACUAUCUUGAACACACAACUUGCUGCAAUUGAUGUUGAUACACCACCAGAAAACUUAACAUAUGUUGUAACGUCAUCAAGAUUUGGACACUUGGCAUUUGCAAAUUCUCCUGUUUUCCCAAUUGAAAAGUUCACACAAGCCCACAUAGACAGUCAUAAGAUUGUGUUUGUACACACUGGUGGGGAGUGCACGGCGGUGCCGAUGACGGUCACGGACGGGGCGCACACGACGGCCUCCUUCAACGUCUCGGUGGCGUGCCUGAAGGUGGAGCUGCAGCUGGCGUCCCGUGCUCCUCUGCACGUCUUCCCGCUGCGCCGGCAGCCCAUCAGCCGCGCCCAGCUGCUGGCCACAGCAUCCGACCCCGCGCGCCCCGUGCACUACUGCGUGACGCGCCGGCCCGCGCUGGGCCAGCUGCUGCUGGAGGCAGCCGGCCCACACGACGCUCUCAACUUCACCCAGCAGGACGUCGACCGGGGCCUGCUCGCGUACCGCCACACGCACCCCUUCUUCGGCCUCUCCACCAACGACUCCUUCGCGUUCCACGUGCGCGCGGACUUCGCCGAGCCGUUGCUGGAUCAGGAGCUGUACAUAGAUAUUUCAGUAUCAUCUGGUGGUUUGGACCAAUUCAUAGACAUUCCAUCAUUGGAAUUGGAUGAAGGUGGGUCCUCACCCAUCAGGCUGAACAUAACAGGCAUAAUUUCCUUCUUGGAAACCCACGCUGAUGUUGAAUCUCCAAAUGUGGUAGUGCAACUCAUUUCUCAUCCAAGACAUGGGAAAAUUGUACAGAAUGGACAAGCAAAUAUUACAGAGUUCUCGUCAGAGCAACUGAACAGUGGAGAUGUUGUUUAUAAACACGAUCACUCAGAUACUGUUUCCGAUGAUGUGAGCUUUUCACUCAUACUAGAACCCAUGUCAGUGGUGUUGUGUAACGUGUCUGUUCCGAUCACAAUCCGCCCAGUGAACGACCAACCAUUUCACCUCAUCACUCGAGUGCCACUGGUGUCGGUAGUGCAAGGGCAGAACUGUACCAUCACUCGCCACGAUCUGCUGACGGAAGAUCCAGAUACGGACCCAUCAGAGCUCCAGUAUGACGUCAUCAGUAUCCCUAGCCAAGGAGCGCUGCUCCUCAUCAGUAAUGACUCGGAGCUGGUUCCAGUUGUGAAAUUCACUCAAGCAGACAUCAACGCAGGUCGCUUGGUCUACCGGCAUUCCGGCACCUUGCAACCGGGUACGUUCUACUUCCGCGUGUGGGAUGGACACUUCACUCCGGAGUACACAGUUUUCAACAUCCAUGUGGUGCCGCUGGCCCUGAAUGUUUCGGUGAUCUCAACUGUGAUGCUGCAGCAAGGUUCGAGCGUUGCAUUCAUCACCAACGAUCAUCUCUCCUUGGCCACAAAUGGUCCAAGACAACAUGUCAAGUACAACGUGUCUCGGCCACCCGCCCACGGAAGCCUGUACGUCAGAGAGGUGUCCACGGGGUCGUUCUCCCAACAGGACUUGGAGUCCAAGGCAGUAAUGUACAUGCAGACUGACAUGACGACAGCGAAUGACUCCCUUGAGGUGAUCUGCUCUCUGGGAGACACCAAGUCUGGUGGCUUAGAGAUUAAGGUAAUGGUCACACCACUGCUUCGCCUAGGAAACUUCACGCCUUUUUCAGGUGCUAGAAACAAACUUACACUAGAUGUUUUAGAUGCCACUCCUCUGGCCAAAUGGACCAACAGCAAUCCCGUCUUCCGAGUGUUGAGGCGGCCCCGUCUAGGGCGCAUCAAGAAAAUUAUUCGUAGUUCUGGAGAGAGGCGAAACUCUCGUGAGCGAGAGGUGAGCAAGUUCUCACACGAGGAACUUCGAAGCGGUGUGAUCUACUAUGUCGCGAGACACAUUUCGGAAGGUGCGGAUCAUCACGAUGACUUCUCGUUCCUCCUUUCUGCAUCAAUCUUCCAGCCGGCCUUUGGUGAACUGCACUUCACCCUCUUUCCGGAAGGGCAGGAUGGCACCCCUGCGGUGGGUGAGACUUCGGUGUCCGGCCCCAGGGAUCCUGUGGGGCGAGGCAGCGACCACAUGGUGGCUACUAGCCCCAACAUCAGCAGCGACUACAUCCUGAUAGUCAGCAUGGUGUUGGGCGUAGUGCUGCUUGCCAUGGCGGUGAUCGUAGUGGUCAAGUGUCGGUCCAUGCGCUCCGCUCGGGAGGAGAAUCAGAACUGCAAAGCAGAGUCCAAAGCGGCCGACCUCCGACCUCCUUCGCCCCCGCGACCCAAGCGGUUUUCUUCCAACAGCCCUUCUCCGCUGCCCGUGGUGCCUCCACUACCCCUGCCCAACUCCAUUGUUCCUUGCAAAGUGAUACCCCUGGAACCAAUGGAGUCAGCGGGCAGUUCUGAGAUAGACCUGAACGCGAGGUAUCCCUACGGCGUGGCUGAUGAGCCCGUGGAAGAGUGGAGCAGUUACGAAGCUUCAGAACUGGCGUUCCCAACGCCACGAGUUAACAACCCCAUGCUUAGGAGAAAUCAGUACUGGGUCUGAGGAAUGCUUAAUACUCCUUCUGGACAGCAUGAAAACACCAAUGGCAGUAUUGUUUCCAGUAAGUUUUAAACAUGUGGCUUGUCAUACAUGUAGCAAUUUUUUUAAUAUUUAUUUUAUUUAUUUUUAAACCCUACCGUGGACAAUAACUUAAAAGAGCCAAUAUUUAUUUGAGUUGGUUUACAAAUAAACGUUUAACAUUGGUUUGGGGUGACAGUUUUUUAAUGACUAUAAAACCCUUUGCAAUAAAAGCUUUACCUACUUUCAGUUAUGUUGCAACACAAGCGACGUAGACGUGGGACUGUCGAUACUUUGAAACCUCAAUACCUUUCGAUAUGACUUUGUUUCAAUAGUGUUAGUAUCAAUGUAAACCACCUAUUCUUGUAGUGUACUUGGAACUUGUGUUUCCUGACCUACUCCAGAUAGCAAGGGAGUCCUGAGGGUUCCACCCGCUUGUUGAGUCUGCAUGAUUGUUAGUGCAGCUGGAGGUUUCAUUGACAUGAAAAGCAGUCAACUUUAUUCCAAAAGAGAUAAAAUAAUUUAUUCUCAGUAUUUUUUGGAAAUUUCUUGAAUCUUACAACACACUAAGUUUUGUUUCAGUAUCAUUUUGAAAAAACAAAUGAUAUAUGUAUAAAUAAUAUUUACCUAGUUCUCUUUAUUUAAUUUUAUAAAAUAUUGUUCUGGUACAUACACAUGCUUUGUCAGAUAUUGUUUGCAUGAUGAAUUUUAAUUUUUGAUUUUAAUAAAAGUAUUAAGAAUUUAUAUUAUAGAGGUAUCUAAAGUAUUGAACUGUAAACAUUAUCGUGGAAUAUUGAGUGUCGAAAUUAUGGUGUAGUCCCAACUCUACAAAUGAGUACCCUAAUAUACAAAAAAAUGGCAAUAUAUGGAGUUUAGGUUAAAAAAGAAAGGAGGACACUUUGGUUGGCAUGUUAUGCAAGGGAAAAAGUUAAUAAGGUGUAAAAUUCAUUUGAAGUGUCAUGCACAUCUAGGGAUAUAAAUAUGCAUGUACUAGAUUGUUAGGAAAGAAGAGAUCAUCUUUGAAUUAUUUUGACUCAUUUAUUCUUUUGCAAACCAAAACAUUUGUGGUGCACUCCCAAAAUGAGUACCGAUAAUGUUAUUUCCUUUUUUGCGUAGUGAUAUUUUUAUAUAAUAAUAAUUUUACCUCUUACAGUCCACAACAAUUAAUUUUUUAUAUGUAAACACCAAUGGAUUUUUUUAAUACCCUUUGAAUGUUGAAACUUAGAACAUAUGGUUACAUAUUUAAAAAAAAAUUAGUUUUCUGUAGGUUCUGAUUAAACAAAAUUAUGCUGUAUAUUGUAAGGAAAAUUUAAGUUUUGUUAUAAUUGUGAUUCUGAAUUUAAAUGCUAAUUUCAAGCUCUGGUACAUAGCCCCUUUCUUUUAUUUAUUGGUAACUCAUUUUAUAAAAAAAGUUAUUGUUUAGUUUACUUAUUUACUUUAAAUUUUUAUUUUAGUGGGUUCCAUUACUUAUUCAAUUUGACUGAUGCCAGUACAUGCUGUCCACAAAAGGAGUAGGUAGGCUGUAGCAAAAAAUUGUAUAAUACAGUGUCAGUGAACUGUACAUUACAGUGAUUGUGAACUGUACAUUACAGUCUCGAUGAACUUAACGUUAGUCUCAAUGAACUCUGCACGUUAUACUAACUGUGCAAGCAAGAGACUUGGAUACUAACUCUGUGCAUACUACACAUCAUGUUUGAACGGACGUUUAGAGCUCUGAUGCUCAGUUUGAUAAUGCAGUUUACAGAGAUUGCCGAAAAUGAAGGAGAUGACAUUGCCAGAUUAUUAUUUUCUAUUUGAAUACCUAUUGUUUCAAGUAAAGUACAUGCUAUAUUGAUCAAAAACAUAACUAAACCUAAAUAUUCUGUGAUUAUGUUUUUUGACUGUACUUGUUACCUAUUUUGUAGAUUUUGAUUUUAGAUUUGAUCUUAUGGUUUAGAUAUUGCUGAGAAUGAAAAAUUCAAAAUCCUUGGAGCUAAAUUUAAAUUUUUUCAAUGGAAAUGCGAUAGGUACCUAUUCAACUUUAUGUUUUGCAUUUUAUACAAUGUAGAAAAUCUGGUGGCCAAAUAAAAUAUUUCAAUUUGAUUGGUUUUAUUUGGUUAGUCUUGCUAGAUAACAAGUUACCUAUUUUUUUAUUUACUAACAUUUGUCUAUUGGUAAAAAUUACUGUCAAAGUUGACAAAAAACAUAAACAAAUCUCAUUUUAUAUGGUGCUCAUUCACCUUACACUAAGUUCUAUAAAAUUUUAACUAAAUUUUUUCAAUUUUGAAUACAGUUUUCAAUUAAAGUUUUUAUAGUUUUGGUUGCUAAUAGAAAGAGUUUGGCUUCUACCAGUAUAAAUAAUGUUUGCCUUGUUUGACUUGGCAACUAGUGGUUUCCUAAGAAAGUUAUAUAAAGUGUAUUUUAGUGGUCCUGAUAUGUUUUAUUUUGGAACUGAUCAGACAUUACAGCCUCUAUUAUUUUAUCAUUAACAAAUGAUUAUUUAUUUAAUGCAGAAGAAAUAAGUUUCUCUCAGGGAUGACAGUGGUAAAGAAACUUACUACUAAUAGCAAAUUGUGGAAAAUAAGUGCUGUAGGUAUGUGAUUGGUUUCCACAACUUGGGAACACUAUUAACACACUGAGGCAGUGCUCAACGAUUAUAGUUAGUUUUAUGUUUGUGAUGAUGUGGACAAUAUGGAACUAUAAUUGGUCUGGACAAAUAUUAUACUACGUGUUACACUGAAUUGUGUAAGGCAUAAUUAUAUGUAUUAAUGUAUUUUGUAAAUAGGCACUAUGAAAGUGUCAUGUAUGUAUCAAACAAAGUCUGUUGAACUGAGAGCUGUUCCCACCUCAUUGUAUACAAGUAUUAUUUGAGUAAACUUGUCUCAACAAACGGGCAGUAUAAGAUGCACAGAUGUUCUGUUGAUUGUAAAUUUGUGUUAUGUAAAGAAUUUUUAGUACCUGAAGAAAAUGUUACAUUGAACAGAAAGCAAGUACUCUAAGUGGGUAUAUGAUUUGUGGUGUACCUAUGUUGUUAAUGUCACUGGAAUAUAAUAUAUACGUUAUAAUGUGUACAUUAAUUUGGAAUUCAGCUAACAGUGAACUUCAGAUUACUGUUAGCAAUCACUUUAAUGUACCUAUGAAAGCCUAAGACACUCCUUUCCGCUCAGAAUAAAAUAACAAUUUAUAACUAAUUGCUGAACUCUGUUAAUAAAGAUGGGUUAGUUAUGGUACACAGAUUAUUUAUAUUUUCUGGAUGAAAUCUUAAAAAGAAAAAGUAACAUGUCUAUAUGAGGUUUGGCUAAAAUUUGUAUCCAAAUGUUUUAAUGGAAAAUAUUUUUCUAGUCAAUAGUUAUACAUAUUCUGAAAAUCUGCUUUGUUGUGGAAGGAGCAGUUUGUUAAAAAUUAUGUUUUAGCUUGGAAAAUUCUGCAGAUCUGCACUUUUACAUAUUUACUUUUCAAAUUUAUCUCCCACUUUUAUUUCUUCUUCAACAUUAGCUCCGCCGCAGUGGAAAUACGGUGUAUUGCAUUGUACACAUACCUAUUAUUUUUCUUAUAAAUAUGCAUGUAGGCACAUUAUAAUUAUCUCAGACAUGUUAGAAACAGAAUGACACCAAAUUUCAUCUAAUAUUAUUUCUCGUCUAUAUUUGGUUCAACCUGACAAACUUUCUUUUUUUUAAAACACACACACACACACACACACACACUGUUGCUUUUUAAGCUUUUGUAUUUUUUAAUUUAUCUUGUUUAUUUUCAUAUACCAAUAAAUUUUUUUUCUUAAAUACAUACAAGCCAAUAUUAUCUUUAAGAGAACAAUAUAUUUUAUUAUAUUGUUACGAUUUACGGGGUUUUUUAAAGGAUAGCCCAAUUAAAGAUUUUAUUACACUACAUAGUUUUAUUGAUGGCCACUACUUAUGUCACUUACAAAUAAUCUUCUAAAAUGGCAAAUAAUUAAUUGCACUUAAAAAUGUUGUUGCCUUCCCCAGUCACUCAUUUUUACACACCGCACACCUCGCUGGGCCGCACCUCUGGCGCAACUCUCGCCGCAGCACCCGAUCUCCGCCGCAGGACGCCGCCGACGCACUUGCCUUCGCCGAGGAUCUGCUCGACGCCUCGCUUGGAACUUCGCUCGGGACUCCGCCGCGCCCGCAACACUAUCGCCCAGAACUGAGCUCUCUGCCCUGGAACCUCCGUCCAGGGACUUCGCUGCUCUAUAGCCCGGAAAAUCUGCCGCGGGCAAACUCCUGGCUCCAUUCACUCACUCACUCCCUGUCCAGGAUCCUUCGUCCAAGAACUUCACCACUCUGCCGCACCCGCGGCACUAUCGCCCCGGAAACUCCGCCGCGGGAGAACUCCCGACUGAACUCUCCGACUCAGCUCUCCACUCCUCUCCGAGGCCGGCGUCCCGGGCUUAUGUAUCACAGGCGCUUCUUCUCGAAUUCACCAGCGUGGCUAGGGCCAUUCGCGUCAUUCCGCGCCGACCCGACGGCAGAAAUCUCUCGAAACACAUGUCGGCGGCUCACAUAACUCCGCAGCUGUGAGGUGUCAGGUGUCUUAGCUAUCAGCGCCGCGCGGAGAGCUCUGGGAAGGGAGGGGGGGGAAGCGACAAUCCUUAUAAUCUUCCAGGCGCGCGUGGCGUGUCUCAUGUCGUGGCGGCCACAGCCAGCUCUCCACCUGCACAUGUCACGGCCUUGCUCACGUUCGUAACAAUAUUUUAUUAACAGGUUCAGUGAAACCCCAAUUUUUGUUCUCAAUUUUUACUUUUUCCUGCAAUUUACAACAUUUUCUUUAGGCCCCAUUUACAUGACAUUAAAAAAACAGUCUUAUAUGCGAAAAAAAAAA